AUGUGUUCCAACGGAAGGCAACAAGAACAGGGGGCGGGGUGUGCGUUUAUAAAUGUUUCCGCCCUCCCUCGGUGUUUGCUUUGGCUGUUGUCGGUGGCAGUAGAACUCCAUUUCCCAGAAUCCCGCGCGGCGGUCAGAAGCGGAAGCUCACGUGCUGUGUUUGCUUGUCCUCCGAGAGACGCGACGCGGGUACGGGGAAGAGAAACGGGGUUCCGGGUGGGUUCCCAAGCAGGUAGGGAACGGGCGGGCGCUCGGUUGUUGCCUGGUUGUUGUUGUUGCUGCUGCUGUUGUGGGGCUUGCGGGGGGUGGGGAUUCACCUUCGUUUCCUCACCCCCUCCCUGCUACGAGGCCUUGGCUGUGGCUGCCGAGAGGAAAGGGAGCAGUGAGUUCCCUUCAGGGUAGAAACGCCCCCACCCCAGCUGUCGCCAUGACAACGCCCCCUCAAGGAAGGGUCGGUCUGCCCCCUCCCUUUGUGUGUGUGUUGAGGGGCGCUUGCACCCCCUGCCCUCUCUCUAUGGGAAUAAAGGGAGGGAGUCAUUGCUUCCACUGUAGCUUGAGAUUGGGAUAUAAUUCACUGGUUUUUUCUGUGUGUGUGUGUGUGUGUGUGUGUGUUUAAACAUAUUUAUAUUUUAUUGUGGAAAUUACAGUAAGAAAGACAACAGCAAUAGCACACUUGAAAUUAUGAUGUAAUACGAUAUAUGGGUAUAUAAGGUAGUACCAUUAUCCCAGCAAAUGUAAAAUUAUUAACAAGUCGUUAUAAUUUUGUAAAUGCAUUCCAAAUUGUCGUUCUAUUUAUCCACACAGAAUCUUAUCUAAAAGGAACCCGUUCGUAUGUUGCAAGAGUUGUCAUAUCUUCUGUCCAUUGAUCAAAGGGCGUGUAGGAAAUCUAGGGUGAGGAUACCAGGCUGCUUAACCCACAUAAUCCCCAACCCCCACGAAUCCUUGGGACUGUAAGUUAUGCCUCAGGGAGCUAUGGUUCCCAGCAUCCUUAACACACUACAGUUGCUAUCCUAGGAUUUUUUUUGGAGAAGGGAGUAAUAUGCUUUAAAUAUACAGUGUGUGCACAGCCUAAAAUAAAAAAGGAAGUGCUUUUUGUCUUAUUAAGUGCUGGCUGCUAGUUGCAAUGCAAUAGUUAGUGGAAGUGUGUUCAGCUAAAGGUGGAGUGAGUUUUAUGAAAGCGAAUGUUAUUUGUUGUUACAACAGUAUGAUGAACAGAGGCAGUGAAGUGUUUCGUGUGUCUUGACAUUGUGACAGAAGCCUCCUGGAUCAUCAUCCAUCAGAUAAUGAUUGUUAUCAUGACUGCUGGGGUUUUUAGUUGAUGUUGAUUGAAUUUUUUUAUUAUUAUUGUGAUUUGCAUUAUAUGCAAAGUUGUGUGUUUGUUAUUAAUGCCAAGCUGCUUUGGAAAGGCAAUAGUCACAAAAGGCAGCUUAGAAAUAUCUGAAAUAGUAAAGUGGGUUAUGGACUGUGAAAGCAUAUACAAUAAUAAAUGCAUUGAUCUCUAUAGUGUCACAGAGUAACUGUUUUCGUUGUUAUUGUUUUUUGUAUGAGACUAAUACAGGUACACUUCUGGAAAUUAUUAUAAUGAUAAGCAGAAAGAAAUGCUUCUCAUCUCACAUCCCUCACUUUUGAGGCAAGUUUAGAUAGGGCCCUUCUCAAUGCACAUCUUAUUUGACAGAGCAUAAAAGGAUAGGCCCCUGCAGUGACAAAAUUAAAAUUUCUCAAAAAGGAAAGAUAGGGAGAAAGAAGACAGCAUAGAAUCUUGGAGGAAGAUGGAGGCAGUGGUAAAAAUGAUCAUACUAUGUUUUCAGGAAAUUUAUUCAUAAUUUUCAAGUGUCUUACAAACCAGCAAGUUUUUUUUCUUUCUUGGUAAACAUGGCACCUCUUAUGAAGUAAAAAAAGACAAGUUCUUGUUUCAAGCAGUUUACAAUUUACAUUUUGCACAGUAAAUGAAUAUAGGAAAAGAAGUGAGAUUGAGUUGAGGGUAAAUAGGAAGAAUGAGUGUUCAGUCUAGUUAUAUCAACUUAAGCUUAGUUUUAGUGGUGGGGUUCAACUGAAGCUUUCGUUGAAAAGAUUUUGAGGAAGGAUUUAGAAAUAUUCUGAGGCAACAUCACCGAAACAAGCACUUCCUUAAUAAUUUAUCUGGAUCCCAGAUAGGUAGUAACUGCUUAUUUGUGCUGAACAAUGCAUUCAGGAGCCUGAAUUAUUGCUAGUGGAAGUAUCAGCUACCAAAUUUCUGACAGUCACAAAUCUGUUAAUUUUUAAAUUAUAUCUCACCUUUUCUCCAAUGAACUCAAGGUGGUAUAUGUGGCCUUUAUCCCUGCUGUUAUAUAAACAAAAAACCACUAUGUGAUAGGUUUGCCUGUGAGAGAAUGACUAGUCCAAAGUCAUUCUGUGAGCUUCAUGUCUGAGUAGAAUUUGAAUCUGGGUACAGCCCCCAGUCCUAGUCCAGUCAUUGCACCUGCCAGGGAAAUAGGGAAAUGUGGAGAAGUUGAUAACAAUUAGGUGUGAUGUGUGACUGACAUUCAAAGUGGGCAAUUCCAGCUGAACUUCCAAGGCAAAGUCUGAAGAUUCUGAGCAGCAGAAAAACUGACACUUCUCUACAUUUCUGCUUUGAGACUUGUCAGUGUCCACUUUUCUGUGAAACUUCUCUUUGCAGAUAUGUGAAGCGCAGACUGUAAUUGCAGAAUGGGGUGGGUGGUGGAAAUAUGUAGCUUAUUUUCAGUAUUGUCAUGGGUACUUUCCCAUAGAUGUCUGACUUGCACAACCAUGCAGCGCAUCAAAUUACAAUGGCCUCUGCUAAGCAGACAGAAAGAAUUGCAUUUUCUCAGCAACAGUAUAUUGCAGUCUGCUUAAAUAAUCAUGCAACAUCCUCCAAACUGAAAAACUUAAUUGAAAAGGUAACAUCUGCAAGCAAUGAGUGGGGACUUUCAGUUGUGCUGAGUAAGGGAAAAGGACUGGAAGGAACUUUGGACUUUAAUAUGGGUCUAGAACACAAACAAAAGAAAACAAGUGAUGUUGGCCGGGCAAAGAGAAGGCAUUUAAACUGUUGGGGGAAGCAUGCAAGAAAGACCCUUCUUGGCUGGAUCAAGUUGAGCAACAGCUGCUGCCUUUAGCAAGAUAGGGAGCUAGGAAGUGGUUGGGAGAUACCACAUUAAACUGUCUUAUAUUUGUGCGGUUUUGUGCAAGAAUCAGGGUUGAAUAAAACCUGGGACUUUUCGAACCUUUUCAACACAAGGUCAACAGCAUGGGAAAUGGAUAGUAAUAAAAAAGGCAAAGCUUACACUGAGCAAGUGUGGCUUUUGCCUGUUACAUCUAGGAGGUGAGGAGGUGAGGAGGGUCUUCUAGAUCAGAUUGUGUGCCUUUUCGCCAUGCCCGGGACUUCUGAGCAUUCUUGAAUACCAGAGCUCCUCUCCUUAAAGCUUUGGUAGAGGGCAAAAAUUAAUACAUCACUUAAAGAGUAGUGAAGGCAGUUUGAGUGUUUCUUUGCUGUAUUCAAAAAUGCUUGCUUUUUCUGUCCUGGAGGCAACCUCUGAAAGCAGCUCUGCAGAUUUCCAGCAUGGCUUCUAGUUGGCAUCUCAUUCCACCUGGAGCAAUCUGUAUUAUUAUUGUUUUUAAACUGUACAGUUAAUUAAGACUGACAAGACUUAACAAUAACAAGGUUAGCUUACUCACCAAUCCAGCAUUUAACUUGUUGUUCUGUAUACAUUUAUUGCAUUAGUUGCAAAGGUACAUUCACUUUGAAGGUGAAGUGCUCCUGUCCAACACUCAAAAAUAUGAGAAAAAUAAGAAAUUCUUCUAACAGUGUUCUGAAGAAUAGGAUGAUGGUAUGAAUUUGGAAACAACAUGCUUGAGGAGAACAGUUAAAGUAGACAGUUUAGUCUCACCAGUUUGAAGAUGAGCGAGAGGAAAAUGUAUGCUGAAUACCCACAGAGUGUGGAACGUGAGUGUAGGUGGCACAGAGAAAUGUCCAUGGUUUUAAGGAUGGAUGUAAUGUGAUCUGUAGUUGCAAACUAAGUUAGGUUGGUCCUGGUACAGAGGUACUCAGUGGCUCUCCUCCUCUUCCCCCCUUCUUAAAGGAACUGAAUUCCAAUGGAAACAAAUAAUGGGAAUCUCUGAGCAGCGCUGGAAUGUCACUUUAGGUUUGCUCUAGCUUUCAGUGGUUGGAGUUGCAAAACCUUUGGAAAGAGGAAUGCUGUGAUUGUUCCAUGUGGAAAUUUUAAUGUAUGCAGUAUCUAUAGGAAACUGAAAUUUAUUCACUAUCUAGGGACCCACAGUUCACUGCUCCUAUGACUGCGUCUUUGUUUGAGUUUUCCUUUCUGUGCCAGAUGUUUGGUUCCAUAAGCAUCUUGAGGUGGUCAGGUGGCUAGUUGGAUUGAAUCAUGUGCUCCUUUGCUUACCAACACACACACACACACACACACACACACACACACAAAAUCACUGGAGAUGACCUGGUGUUUUGUUCAUGCCAUGGGGAGACUGAGAACUGUUGUUUAAGCUGGAAUAGCACUGCUUCAUAUUUGCCACUGGUAGGCAUGUAAUUGACAUUAGUUGCAGGCUAUAAAUUCCUUUGUAGGCCAGUUGAAGUGUCACAUAUAUCCACAUUUUUCAUAGGGAGCGUUAGAGUCAAUACUUUGUGGACAACAGCCAGUAUUAAUUUAAUCCUUAAAAAGUAGACUUUGUGGGGAAGUUGCUAGGUCAACAAAUAUGAGUUUGAGCAGAUUAAGGCAUAACAUGUAAAUUUGUGUCCUCCUGACUAGUGAAUAUGUACGAUUAAGUGGUAUUUACUGUACACUGAGUUGGACCUUGCACUUGCCUGUAAAUAUACAUAAUUGAGCACCUGUACCCUGAAAGUUGCAGAAAAAUUCUCUACAUGUCUCAAGGAUGAACAAUACUGAGCUAGAUGGACAGACCCCUUUCUUGUUUACCUCUCCCAGGCAGGAGUUCUUGGUGUGUGUAGAGGAACCUACUAAUAACCCACUACUGUGUGAAACAUGGCCUCCACAUAGCACCAGUAACAUGUGAACAAACCUCUUAAAAGACCUGGAGAGGACUUUGUUUAGUUAUACAACCUGCAAUGGAAUGACAAUAUGUGACUCUCAUUUAAGGCAAUAUGCCAUAUGCAUUUAUGAUACUCAAAACAAUUCUAAAAAGGGCAGUAUGCCAAUCACUUUCAGAUUCCCUCAAAUACUUAGACGAGUUCUUGCAGAGAACUCAGAAAGUCCUUAGUCACUCCACUUGGAUUGCCACAUAGGCAAGGAUUAUCAAAUAGAAUGAUACUCUGUGGGGUGUUGCUUUUUGUUUCCUUUCAUUUUACUUGAAUGGUGCCUAGCGCCAGCUCUCUUCAAUAGAGGUGUCUGCAGGUCUGAGCAUCUUCUUCCCCCUCCUUCCACCUGCAGCAACAAUGAUGUUCUCAUUUUGGUCCCCCAUUCCUUGUGUCCUGCAAGAACUAUUAAUUUCAGAAUGCAAAGCUCUUAGGAGUGAAUGCAAGUGAUGCAGACUUUGGGUGAGGGGGAAGGGGCGGGGAAAUAAUUGUUGCAAGCAGCUCUUGUGAUGUUGCUUAUCUAAAAUGUGGAUUUCUGCCGAUGAUAGUUAAAACUGGCUGUGGUUUGCAAGAUAUCUGAAAAGUGCAGAACCACCAAUGCUCUGUUGCUGUGUGUUUCUUUUGCUCUUGGCUGCACACUUAAGAAGAUGGGGCAGCGGCUGAGGUGUGUGUGUGCUUUGCUCUGAUAGGCAAAAGUUUUCUUAUGCAUUUUUUUUCUUUCUUUUUAGCCAGCCUACAGCCAUGGCUAUCCUGUUUGCAGUUGUAGCCAGGGGCUCCACGAUCCUGGCCAAACACGCUUGGUGUGGAGGAAACUUCCUGGAAGUGACGGAGCAGAUCCUGGCCAAAAUACCCUCUGAGAACAACAAACUUACCUACUCCCAUGGAAAGUGAGUCCUACUCUGCGGAGAAAGGAAGUGGCAGGGUGGGAGAAAUGGAUCUGUUGCAGAUGAGGAAAUAAAGCGGGAUGGGAUGGUGGUGGUUGCUCAUGAAAAGGUUGGUGUGAUAGUCCCAGGUGAUAUGCAGCUGAUCUAGGAAUGCUUCCCAGAUCCAUUCUGUUAUGUUCUCCAACUAGAGCAGUGGUUAGGGGUAGGCCUCCCUUGAUCAGUAUAUGACCAUGUGUUUAUCUAGCAGCACUGGAACAAAUCACCUAAAGAGGAGACUCCUUUCAUGAACUACUGUUCUCAGUUCUGUCUCCUGGAGUUUUGAAUCUGCUUACUUUUUGUAAACACAAAUGUUAUUUAAUCAAAUCGAAUUGAUGCUAUCAAUAUCUCAAGGACCACCGCUCUCCAUAUGAACCUACCUGCACCUUGAGAUCAUCCUCUGAGGCCCUUUUUCAUGUGCCUCCUCCAUGAGACGUCCAGAGGAUGGCAGCACGAGAAGGGACCUUUUCUGCAGUAGCUCCAUGUUUGUGGAAUACUCUUCCCAGAGAGAUUUGACUGAUGCCUCUGUAAUAAAUGUUUAGGCGCCAGGCAGAAAUGUUCCCUUUAGCCAGGCCUUUGGCUAAGUAUCAUCCAAUACCAUUUUAGUUGUGUUGUGGGAGGAGGGCUUGCUUAAAAAAAAAUUGUUCUUGUUUUUAAUGUGCAUUUUGUGUUCUUUUAUAUUAUAAUUUUAUGUUGUGAACCACCUUGAAAUCUACAGAUGAAAAGUGGCCUUCUACUACUAUUACUAUUAUUACUACUACUACUACUACUACUACUACUACAUUAUUGCAGGGGUGGGGAAUAUCAGGCCUGGGGGCCAAAUAUAGCCCUAAGGGCUGUUCCCAGGCCAUGCCUCUCACAAGCCCUGCUUCACACUCUUCUUGAGAGUUUUUGCCUGGCUGGAACAGGUCCUUCAAUUCUGAUAAUAUCUCUUGCCUACCUGAAUGGAGGAGGGAGAGUAGUGUGUGUAGAAACCUACUGUAUAAAUGUAAAAUUUACAUAUAUUGCUCCCCACAUGUUUGCCUCUGGCUGCACGCACCAAUAGCAUGCAAUCCUGGAAGGUGGCUUGGGAGAAAAUAUGGCCCUUAGGCAGAAAACAGUUUCCGGGCACAAAUAAAAGUGUUGGUGCUGACCUUUAAAGCCCUCUCCACCCUCAUCAUUCAGCCUCUGCACUAAGGUCCUUCUCCGAGGGUCUUCUGGUGCUUCCCUCACCGUGAGAAGUAAACUUACAGGAAACCAAGCAGAGAGCAAACUCGGCAGUGGCGCCCUCCCAUCAGAUGUCAAGGAGAUAAAGAACUGCACAACUUUAGGCAGCCCUGUAUAGGGAAGUUUUUUAAUGUUUAAUGCUUUAUUGUGGUUUUAAUUUUUGUUGGGAGCUGCCUAGAGUCAGUCAGAUGGGCAACUUAUUAUUAUUAUUAUUAUUAUUAAUUCCCACCCCUGCAUUAUUGUAGAAGAGUUUGUAUUCAUGUGAUUUAAUUCAAACGCAUGAGGGAAGUUGCACUAUCCACAGUUCUUACAGAGAACUAUAAAUGGUUGGGCUUCUCAUUCUGUUGAAGUCUUCUCAUGAUCUCCUAGCUUCCCAACUACCAGUUUACUGAUUGAGUCCAGGGAAUGCUUUGGGGUAAAACAACACUGUUCCAUGAUUGAUGCCAAGUAGGUGUGCCCCACCUCAGGAUGGGAGUUCUAACUUCUGUGUGAAAUGAAAAUGUGCUAGCAAUAGCUUUGCCUGCUUGGAUCCAUGUUGGAAAGGUGGCUAUGUUUGAUGUUUCUGCUUUGUGUUUUGUGCUAUUCAGUAAUGGCUUUUGCACCAUGUGAAUAUAGCUUUGUUUUCAGGUAAUUUUGUUGUCAAGUUUUCUCCAUGUUUUGAGGAAUUGGUUGGCUGUCUUGUCUUUGAGACAUUGAAUUAAUGGGGUCUGGUUGCCAGCAGAAGAAAAUUUUUAAUGUACAGAUUUAGUGCAAACUUAGACCUGUGUGCUUGAAAUGCCAUUGAGUGUAUGGCAACAUAUGGCCUAGUAGCUGUUAUGUCAAAAUCUAUACCCACCUACUUCUUUAAACAUGGUUCUGGUAUCUUGUCUUCCUCUAGCUAUCUGUUUCACUACAUCUGCCAGGACCGGAUUAUAUACCUCUGCAUCACUGAUGAUGUAAGUAUGUAGGACAAAAAAUGUAUUUCUGUGCUCUUUGAAGGUGAUUGCUGGAAAUGCCCACUGGGGCCCAAAUACUGUAGAGUUGCUAUAUAUCUUCAUUAUGUAGAGCAAGGUCUAGACCAGCAGUGGCUAUCCUAUGGCCUUCCACAUGUUGUUGGACUACAACUCUUGGCAUCACUGACUCUUAGCCAUGGUAGCUGGGGCUGGUGGGAAAUGAAGUCCAUCAGCAUCUGGAAGGCCACAGGUUAGUCACCUGGAUUUUAUUUUACACACUGAAUAUGUGCAGCAACACCGCCCCCGCAGUGCAAUCCAGGCCUUGUAGUUAAGGUUUAAGAAGUGUGCAUACUUGGCUGCAUGAAAAAAUAUUGGCCCUUUUUCCACCAGCAGCUUCUUCCCCUCCAGCUCUCAUCUCUAUCUAGGUCUUUGCAGGCUUACUUGCUUGUGUCUUGUUUGCAUCGAAGACUCUAGUGUGGCUAGUGAGAGAAUUUGCUUUUGCUUUGUACCCUCAUCUUUCUGCUUUAAAUAGCUUUCUGGCAAUUUUUGCUGUGACAGUGUUCUGAGGUUAUUUUGUUUGGAGAACAAAAGUUAUUGUGGGCCCCAUCUUCCAGCAGUGCCCAACCAGGUGCCCCUGUGGUUUGUCCCCAGCACCUCCUGUUUAGAUAUACCUUGGUUUAUGAACUUAAUCCGUUCCAGAAGUCCCUUCUUAAACCAAAGCAUUCUUAAACCGAGGCGCACUUUCCCAUAGCAGCGGGAGACUCAAUUUACAAAUGGAACAUACUCAACAGGAAGCAAAACAUGUUCUGCUUCCAUGGCAAAGUUCACAAACCAAAACACCUACUUCCGAGUUUGCAGCGUUCUUAAUCCAAGUUGUUCAUAAACUAAGCUGUUCUUAAACCAAGGUACCACUGUACUGCCCAUGUACACUGAGUUUCCGUUUUGCAGUCACAGUUCAUAACUGUUAAUGCACCUAUCCUAAGUGCAUUUGUUGCUCUGAUGAAUUUUUUCUGCUUUUAGGACUUUGAGCGUUCCAGAGCUUUCACGUUCCUGAAUGAAAUCAAGAAGCGGUUUCAGACCACCUAUGGCUCCCGUGCACAAACAGCUCUGCCAUAUGCCAUGAACAGCGAGUUUUCCAGUGUUCUGGCUGCACAGCUGGUGAGGUUCAUUGAUGUCAGUCUGCUGGACACAGCAUUCAACUAUAGAGCACCUGAUGUUGGGGAAUAGGUCUGUGCUUGGCUAAUUAUCCUGUAGGUAGAUCAGGGCCUCCCCAGGCUUCUAAUACUAGUGAUACACUUCUUUUAUUUAAAAUUGGCAGUGAUUUUUUAUUCAACCUCAAAAGAAAGCUUCUUUGCAUGCAUUAUAGUAAAAGGGGGUAAACUCUGCUCUUAAAAGAACCUGCAUCGUUGUGUUUCUGAGGAAGAGUCUUGGAUUCUGCCUUUCCACCUCCAGAACUGAGGUGCUCAAGGUAGUUUAACAUAAUGAAUUAUUAAAAACAAUACAACAAUCUUUUAGAUCAAGAAUUACAGGCAAACCCAUAAAAAGUGAAAAAGCAGUAACUGACCUAAAGUUAACACUGAAAAGAACUGAGACGAAAACAAGGAGAAUCCUAUGCAGCAGACAAAUUGAAAGCAUGCAGCAAAAGAAGCCAUUCAAGGCGAUGGCAGAACUCUGAAGUAGGAACCUCAUGAAACUAUCUUGGAGCUCAUAUGGUUUCAUUGUUUGUGUAGUUAUUUAAGUGUGGUAGCUUAAACUAUUAAGGACAAUGACUGACUCAUUGAAUUGCACCUAUAAAUGAACAGGUAGAUAGCAUGAUUAGUACAGUUUGGGAAUAGCAUGCUCCCCAAACCUGACAACAGUCAGAACACUUGCAGAGCAUUUUGGACUAGUUGAUGAUCUUCAUGGGCAACCCCAUAGAGGGUAUGUUAACAUUAGAUCAGCCCAGCUGUAACAAAGGCAUGUGUGACUUUCACAAGCUCCAUGAUCUUCAGGGUUAGGCACAGCCGGCACAACAUUCAAAUCUGAGCAAAAGUAUUCUGGCUGCUGUCAUUGCUUGGACAUCAGGAGCACUCCCAACCUGAUAUUUCAGUGGAAAUCCAAUCCAAAACAGGCAGUCACCCUGUCAUUGGGUUGGUUGGACCUCAGAUGGAGAGCAUUUCUAUUUUGUCCUGAUUGCAGUAACUUGUGCAGCAAUGCUUUAAGCAGAUUCUUCUGUUGGCUGGUAUUCCGGACUUAUGGUGCUGGUCUGCCCUGAAACGUAGCUUAGGAAUUUUGGGGCUAAAUGCUGAGCAGAUAAAUCUCAGAUCAGCCAGUAGAGGGAAACCUUCUUUAAGUUACAGUACUGGGAAGCACAGAGAUGAAUUGUUCUGAGGGCUGAAGAAGCAGCUAAAGUGGAGCUGAGGGUCACCCUGCCCAGCUCUUAAUGCUGAGGAUAGUUAAAAGGAACUAUGAGAGGAUCCUGUUGGACUUUUCAGAUUGCUCUACAGAGACAUUACUUUCUCUUGCUUCAUCAAAUUAAGCAAGAACCAGAAAUUCGUUACAUCUGCUCUUCCUUUCAUGCAGAAGUACCACUCAGAGAACAAGGGCCCUGACCAAGUGGCAGAGACACAGGCCCAGGUGGACGAGCUGAAAGGGAUCAUGGUCCGCAACAUAGGUAUUGUAGCGCUCAUUGGCAUAAAGAUGGUGCAAGGUCCUGCAUGUGUACUGAAGAUGAGACGGCUUGGGUGUGAUGAGAGUCCCUUUCUUGCAGUAGCAUAGCUGUGCUUCUGCCUGGACCUUGCUUUGUUGUGGGAAAGAUCAAUAUGGGAAAGGAGGGAUGGCUCUCUGUGUUGGCUGUCACACUCUUGCACAGCUCUUGUACAGCUGGCUCACCUGGCAAAAAGGUUGCAUAGGACAAAAUACAAGCUGCUUGUUCUACUUGCAGUCUGCCAUCGCCCUGAACCUGGCAUGGAGCUGACCCUUAUGCUGCUAGCCCCUUUGCCUUGUGCUCUGCUGUUGCAGAUCUUGCUCUGAGGUAGGGUAAAACCCACCACAUACCUGCCCCAGAGAUCAAGAGUACAAUGCCCAUGCAGUCGGCCACUGUUUGCGGUCUUGAGGGUAAGCCGCCUGUUUAGCUAACAGCAGGAAAGGAGGUGUUUCCUCCCCAUUGGAUUCUCACUGUAGCCUUUCUUCAUCCCAGAUCUGGUGGCCCAAAGGGGAGAAAAGCUGGAGUUGCUGAUAGACAAAACUGAAAAUCUUGUGGAUUCGGUAAGUUCUGGAAUUGGCGGGGGAAUUGGUUGGGUUUUUAGGGUACGUAUAACACGCAUGCAAAAAAAGGCAGGAUUAAAAGGGAAGACUUCCCAGCUCUCAGGCUUUUGCUGUGUUUCCAUCUUAAGAAAAUGCUUUGAAAGAAGUAGCAUACAGAUGUGGGGCUGGGAGGUGAGCAAAUCGGGUGAUGCUUUUUCUCAGAGCAGCCACUCCUUAGAACAUACGUUGCAUGUUCUCAGGUCAAACAAGACCUUCUAACCUAGGUGUUCAGAACAAAAUUAGUUAAUGUUUGAUAGGAUGCUGUUUAACCUAGCAGAACUUUAGCUUGGCAGACCAAAACAGCAGAGUGGAGGUUGCCAGCUGCUGUCCUUGGAUAGCUAGACCCUUCAUAGUCCAAGUGUAAAUUAGAAAUGUGUGUUCGGAAAUAAAACUAAGAGAAGUGAAGAGUGGGUGCAUUUUGAGGAUUUCUCUAAAGCCCAGUCUAGAGAAGCUUCCAGACCAAUGACCCUCCUCAUGCCAGAAUUUAUCGUGGUGCUAGGCUGUUUUUUUGUCCUAUGUGAAAAGCAAGUUGAGGGUGAGAAAGCCAUUGCAUGGUGCACAGUAGGAAGAGAUUGAGAACAUUAUCUGUUCAGGGCAUAGGAAAUUAUCACAAGGAUCAGAAAAGAAGAACCAGACUAAUGAACAGGAUCAUAUUUUGCUGUAAUUUGUGAAUGGAUUAUAGAUUCCCAAGUGGAGUUCAAAUUCUCCAGUGUGCAAAACAGGGCCCAAUCAAUGGUUCUGACCCUGAGACCAGGUGCUUCUAAUGGUUGAGGCAUCUUUCUGGGGGGAGUGAUCCUUGCGGAAGGGUUGCUUAUUCUAGGGGAGAGUAAUGACAACUAGACCCGCUUAAAUGUUCAUUUGAGUGUAUUGGAAGCAAAUUAAAACUUGCCUAUUCUUAUAUGUUGAGGCUGAAUUGCAAAACCAAGUAAUAGCUGGGCAAGCUUUGCAGGGGAUGCAGUGUUCAAAACUCACAUUGUUAUAGGCACAUUUAGUGGCUGAAUUUCAUUAGCAUUAGCAGUUUGAGCUCUGGGUGUGGUACUGCACCUAAGAUUUCAGAUUAAAACUGCAGAGUGGAAGGAAAGGAGGAGCUUUUCUGUCUCCCCACUUCCAGCUACUCUCUGAAGACUGGAGAAGAGACCCUCUUGAGAAUAUUAGGGGGGUGGGCAGGGGAAGGACUAGACCAUGGGAACAAUGAACAUAAUAUUUUAGCUGUAUGUAGUUUAUUCAGUUUAGCUUUGUAUUCUUGUUAUAAAAAAGCAUGCCUAGACAUUCCGUUGUUGCACCCAUAACCUAGGAUUAAGGUGCCAUUUAGCUCCUAGCUUUCAUAUCUCAGUUUCUAACACUGGGGGGAUGGCUAGGGAGAAACUGGGAUGGACUUUCACAAAAGGCUAAGAUGGUGUUGGAUGUCUGAUAGCAUGCAUCUCGUCUGUGCUUUUCCCAUAGUCCGUCACUUUCAAAACAACCAGCAGAAACCUGGCUAGAGCGAUGUGCAUGAAGAACCUCAAGCUCACCAUCAUAAUCACCAUAGUAUCCAUUGUAAGCUGUUGUUCACAUCAGACAUUGGGGGGGGGGGGGCUUUACACUUGAGUCUAGAUGUAUUUCAGUGUAAAAUGAAAUAAACUGAUGUUUACCUCUGUCCUGCACUGCAAAGGUGAAUUCUUGGGGUAUUCUGUGUAGUCCUUUACAGUACCUUUCCCUCCUUGUGGCUGGUGCCCUUUAUCUCUCUCCUAUGCCCCCGUUCUUUCCAGGCCUUUUGGAAGGAACAUUAUAGCUAGGGUGAAUUAAGCAAUAGGUCUGUAUAAUUCUGAGUGCCUUUGGUACCCUUAAACUCCUGGAUUCCAGUAUUUUACUUUUUGUCCAGAAGAGACAAAUAGGCCUUUGAACAGCCACCCCCCAAGCAAGAGGGAAACUUAAGGCAACCUUGGUUGAAAUGUAGAGUAGCGCUCUUUACAACUAUUGGGCAGUGUGCAUAUUUUAUCAUGCACACUAAAGUGAUUGUAUCUUCUCCACAGGUCAUAAUUUACAUCAUUGUGUCAGCUGCUUGUGGUGGGCUCUCGUGGCCAAAUUGUGUCCACAAGUAG